GGGAGAGAGAGAGGGGAGACUGCCUGAAUGAUCUCAUCCCCUCCAGCAGCUGCAUAGCGCAGCGAGGCAAACCCGUAACUUUCUAUCAAACUUCAAAGUUGCCUUUCUGAGGACGACACCGGGCAUUUUCGGUUUAAACCGGAGCAAACACGUUUCCCGAGAAGGUAAGAAAGAGCGCUACGCAGUUUGUGUUUCGGACUUUACAGGACCUUGUUACGAGUUGAAACAAAAGGAGGAAAACCCGCUUCGUAGUGUGUGACAUCCAAAAGCUUGAGGCAGAAAGGAGAAAAGGAUACGUUGUUUGGAGUAAGAUUAAUACCAAGUGGCCGUGGCAACACAGUUGAGGAAGCAGUAUGCAGGCUUGAAUGCCGAAGAGGUGGGCUUGCCCCUUCACUUUUUCUGCCUCUUCACUUGUUGAUCCAGACAAUCAACCUGCUCAUGAAGUCAGGGAGCAGCAUCACAUCCCAAAGGCAGCCAUGUCUCCCUACUAAGUGCCUUUAGCCUUUUGCACUGGUGUCAUGACCAGCCUGAAGCAACCACCCAUGGAGCGCACCGUUGGGGGUUCCAUCCCUGCCACUGAUGAGUUUUACACCCGCCACCUCCGUAUGGUCAAUGGAGGGGCUGUGCCAACCCGCACAGACAAUGUCCAUGCCACUGUGAGUACAGGAGUGCCUAAAAUGGGUGUCCGGGCUCGGGUGGCUGACUGGCCCCCAAGGAAAGACAUUGCAGGGGUUAUGUGGCACUCAGCUACAGAGCCUGAGAACUCUGGUGUACCCUCUGCUGGAAAAAGUCACAUUAAGUUAGGCUCUGUAAUGAGCCCUCAAGACUCAUCAAUGCUGCGUAACAUUCAUAAUACUUUGAAGAAUCGAACCCAGGCCCAGGCCAACAACUACAGCCCUGAUACUCGAUACCUAGCCCCAGGUGACUAUAGAGGCCCUGCACAUAGAAACCCACGACAAAGACGCAUCCGUCAGCGGAGCAACAGUGACAUGACUAUCAGUGAGAUGGAAGGGAGUGGAGACAGUGGAGAGGACUGGGGUCCAGCAUUGGGAGCCAAAUGGUCCCCUCUUCAUCGCGAAUACGGUAGCACCUCCUCAAUAGAUCAGCAUGGAGCAUCUGGAGAGAGCUUCUUUGAAAUGCUUAGGGGCUAUCAAGGGGACAAAGUUGACCAGCGUAGCCCUGCUCCAGAGAAACUGGAGGACAUGCUGAAUGUUGGGCCCAAGCAGGCCAGCAUUGAUCUUCAGGAGGAUGUCGUAGACAGCCAGCCUCCUAAAGCCAGAGAUAAGCUCCCAAAGAGACGAACUAAAUCUGAGACAGGGGGCGAGUCUAUAUUCCGCAAACUUCGGAACGUGCGGGGUGAGUCGGACUCCCCCAGAACGGGGUCUGACGUAGAGGACAGCCGGACAGAGGACAUGGGCCCUCCUUUCAAGCCCUGGGUGUGUCAGAAAGGCUUUGCCCACUAUGAUGUUCAAAGCAUGCUGUUUGACCUCAACGAAGUUACUCAGUUGCGGCAGAUUGCAGGAAAGAGGAAAAACACCACCACAGGGGCAUCUGCUGCUGCUGUAGCCUCGGCUACCUCCACCCUCUCGUCCACACACAGCCUGCCUUACAGCUCCCCGAGUGGCAGCCAGGAAGAGCUCAGUUCUAGGGACAGUCCUGGUCUGGAGGCAGGGGAUGAACAGAGCAAUGAAAUGCUGCUAAGUUGCCCCUGCUUCCGUAACGAGAUAGGUGCUGAUGGCAAUGGGAGGCGCAGAUUGGGAGUAGGUGGGGCAGGGUAUCAUGGGCUUGUGGGUGGUGGAGCAGGUAAUAGUGGCUCAGGAACCCUGAGUGGGGAAGGAAACGUGUACGAAACAUCUGUGAGCACGCACUGCACAAAUGCUGGGGUAGCAGUGCUUGAGGGACCAAAGGAAGGCCCCAGCACACUCAGCGGAAAAGGCAAACAAUACAUUGUGGAGCAUGUGGACCUGGGAGCCUACUACUAUAGGAAGUUCUUCUACCUAAGGGAGCACUGGAACUAUUUUGGGAUGGACGAGUCGCUGGGUCCAGUGGCAGUGAGCCUGCGCAGGGAGAAGCUGGAGGAGGACAAGGAGCACGGCCAGCAGUAUAACUACCGUCUCAUCUUCAGAACCAGCGAGCUGACCACUCUUCGAGGUUCUAUUCUGGAGGAUGCAGUGCCUUCCACCUCUAAGCAUGGCACCACCCGGGGGCUGCCUAUCAAGGAGGUACUGGAGUACCUUCUCCCUGAGCUGGAUAUGUCCUGCCUCAGACUGGCCCUCAACACACCCAAAGUCACUGAGCAGCUGAUGAAACUGGAUGAACAAGGGCUGAGUUUUCAGGUGAAGGUGGGGGUGAUGUACUGCCGAGCAGGCCAGAGCACCGAGGAGGAGAUGUACAACAACGAGAUAGCCGGUCCUGCCCUGGAAGAGUUCCUCCAACUGUUGGGGGAGAAGGUUUGCCUCAAGGGCUUCACCAAGUACAGAGCCCAGCUGGACACCAAAACGGAUUCCACGGGUACUCACUCCCUGUACACGACUUACAAGGACUAUGAGAUCAUGUUUCAUGUGUCGACUCUGCUGCCUUACACACCCAACAACAAACAACAGUUACUGAGGAAACGCCACAUAGGGAACGACAUUGUGACCAUCGUGUUCCAGGAGCCUGGUGCUCACCCCUUCACCCCGAAGGCUGUUCGCUCUCACUUUCAACAUGUCUUCAUCAUUGUACGGGUGCACGAUCCCUGCUCUGACAACACAUGCUACAGUGUGGCUGUCACCCGUUCCCAGGACGUUCCCUCCUUUGGCCCACCAAUCCCCAAGGGUGUGACCUUCCCCAAGUCCACUGUCUUCAGGGACUUUCUGUUGGGCAAAGUCAUCAACGCUGAGAACGCAGCCCACAAGUCUGAUAAGUUUGGUGCCAUGGCAACACGCACACGGCAGGAAUAUCUUCGAGACUUGGCAGAGCGUCACGUGACCAGUACUCCUGUUGAACCCACUGGGAAGUUCCCCUUUAUCUCUCUGGCACACAAACGACGGGAGAAGGUGCGUCCAUACAGUGGGGCGGAGCUGCGGAGCCUAGGGGCCGUGACCUGGCAGGUUCAUGCUGAAGAUCAGGUAGCUGGUGCUGAACGCGAAUGCCUGUUGGCCAUUUCAAAUGACUUCAUCAUCCUAUUGGAUCAGGAGGCCAAAGCGGUGGUGUUUAACUGCGCCACACGUGAUGUGAUUGGUUGGUCAACUGGGAGUCCCGCCUCCAUGAAGAUCUACUAUGAGCGUGGAGAGAGUGUAUCUCUGCGCUCCAUCAAUAACAACACAGAAGACUUUGGAGAGGUUGUCAAGAGACUGGAGCUGUUGACCAAGGGCAGUCAGACCACAGAGAUGACAUUGCGCCGUAACGCCCUGGGCCAGCUGGGCUUUCAUGUCAACUUUGAGGGCAUUGUUGCUGAGGUGGAGCCCUAUGGCUAUGCUUGGCAGGCUGGGCUCAGGCAGGGCAGCCGAUUGGUGGAGAUCUGUAAGGUGUCGGUGGCUUCGCUGUCUCACGAGCAGAUGAUUGACCUGCUCAGAACCUCUGUUACUGUCAAGGUGGUCAUCAUCCCUCCACAUGAGGACUCCACGCCACGCAGAGGCUGCUCAGAAAUCUACCACAUGCCACUAGUGGAUUACAAGAACCACAAGGAGGGCAUGCCAUAUGAGUUAAAGUUCCCUUUCCGCCCCACCAACAACAACAACACCAAGUGGCCACGCACCUCAUCCAGCCCUCAAACACGCGCUGCUGGCACAGGGGGAACGCUGAUCAAGGCCCCGCCUUCAGACUUCAGUGACCGUAACUCUGCUGUUAUUCCCCGAAGUGUGUCCAGCGACGGGCGACCCCUCAACCCCAAAAGAUAUUCCCCAGGGAACGACAACUACGCUCUUGCCUGCUCUAUUGUGAUGGGUCGCACACUGCACAACACAAACUCCCCUUCCAGCCUCCCCUACACAGACGCCAUGAGCUCCAACCAGUGGAGGCAGAAAUCUAUGCCUGAUGGGUUUAAUAACAACAACUGCCGGUCCCCUGUGUCAUCUGUGCGCCACAUGGCAGGUGAGGGGGUCAAUGGGAUGAAAAAGUGCUCUAGCACUGGUGUUGGAUGGACCCAAACUGUGGAGGGGGACAAAACCAGUGCAGACACUGUGGUUUCCAAGGCAGUAAUUCCUCGACUCCAACCGCCAGAGCAGGGCAGCCAAAUGUCUCCUAACAAAAGCACUAAGCCGGAUGCUCCGUAUUCAUCCAGCCAGUCUAGCAGCAACACACUCUCGAGCAACGCCUCCAGCUCCGCCCACAGCGAUGAGAAGUGGUACGAAGUCGGCUCACGUUCAGGAGUGCGGAGCGAUCUCGAGCUCAACGGCUAUCUUCAGGGCACCUCCACUGACAGCGGUAUUGAUGCCACCUCCUUCACUGCCACACAAAGCAGCACAGCUUCCUCCACUGGUGCCUUCAGGGCCAAAGACAAAAUCCCAUGGCAGGAUGACCCAGCAGGCAGCCAGAGGGCCUCGGACUCUUCACCUCUGAUGCCAGACUCUCUCGUUGCCAUUGGAGGCAGUGAGAUUCCAGCAAAGAGUCCAUCAGCCUUUCCCCUCGUUCCUGAUAGUGGCUCCUACAGCCUCAGUGAUGCUGCCUCCCACUCCAGUACACUCAGUUCUGGCCUCUCAGGGAGUCCGAUGGAUCAGGGGCAAGACGAGGCAGCGGCUGCAGCCACUUCACCCACAUCACCAGGGACCAAGAGUUUCUACCCUCGUCAAGGAGCGACCUCAAAGUACUUGAUUGGCUGGAGGAAACCUGGGGGAACCGUCAACUCUGUGGAUUUUGGAAGCACUCGCAAACGGCACCAGAGUGAUGGUCUGCUGGGUGGUCAGCCGCAGCUCAGGGCCAAUCUCCGGGGCUCCCAGUCGCCCCAGCGGCACACUGCCAAGUCCAGCUUGGAAGAGGACUUGAAGAAGCUCAUCACACUUGACAGCCCUCCACCUACUACAAGUGAAGAGAAGCCAAUGUUUCCAGGUCCGCUAGCGACUCGUCGCUCCCUCCAGAGAACUCUGUCAGAUGAGAGUAUUUACAGCGGGCAGAGAGAGCCAUCCUCUAGUGGACAGCGUGACACGCCUACUGACCUUCUGUUCAGCUGCUCCACCAUGCCACGCUCACCCACCAAUCGCCAUGGACCAAGCCGGCGAGCAUCACACAAAUCCCUGGGAGACCUGUCAGCCCCAGAGAGCUUAGAGCUGGAGCAGGAGAGGAAGAGGCAGCAGCUGCAGGACGCUGUCCUCAUGCCGCUGCCUGACACUGGGGCAGAUGGCCCGCUGGACUGGGCCCACCUGGUAGAUGCUGCCAAGGCCUUUGAGGAGCAGAGGCUGGUCUUCCUAGCAGCCCAAGAGGAGAGCUCUGUGGCUGAGAGCACAGCAGCCACCAGUCCCCAGCAGGCUGAGCCUCAGGCAGCCCCGCUGAGACAGCCCUCACCUGGAGAGAUUCCGGCCUGCCUGAUGGGGAAGGUCAGCCAGCUAGAGUCAAUGGUGAAGGCACUACAGGAGGACUUGAAGAAGGAGAAGGAUGCCAAGGCAUCACUGCAGGCUCAGAUCCAGAGCCUGCGAGAGGACAACCAGCGUCUCCUGGAGGAGUCCUACAGCGCCUCAGCCAAGCUCAAGAAGUUCACAGAGUGGGUCUUUAACACCAUCGACAUGAACUGAUGCACAUAGAUGUAGUCUGCUCUACAUUAGGAGUUUGACCAUUACUCAAGCUGAUCUGAAACUUGGUUGUUCAGUGCUGCACACACAACAAACUCACAACAUGAACUGUUUCUCUCUGGCUUUUACAAACCAGUGCCAACAUGAAUUUACAUCCGUCUUUAGCCUUGCGGAUCUGUGGUAUAAUCACCAUGAAAGAUUUUUGGGAGAACAGGGGAAUAGAAGAACUGUGCGUCAGUUUUAAACAGCAUGCACUCCUUUCCUUAGAAUUUCACAAAUAUGAUGCUUUGUGUCCGAUCUAAUAGAUUGUUGGUAUCCUUGCAUGUCAGAGACAGCAAGAUGUUGAAACUAACCUAAAGGGAUUUAAAGUUACUGUCCCUAUUUAGCUCCCCAGCUAACCUAAUUACAAGCGAACAGAUUUCCAAUUAAAAAGCUCCAACACAAUUUUAAAUGUGUUCCUGCAAGAGUUUGUUCCACAUUCCUCUGCUAGAGGUUUACACUUUCUAAGAAUUAAGCCUGUUGUAAAUUACUUGCUGUUCAAUUUUACCAAUUUAGUGAUAAGACUGAUUAUUUUUUUAUUACUAACCAAAAGAAAAGAACUAUAGGAGGUGAUGGGAGAUGUUGGCCCCCAUAAGAAACUAUGCUUUUUCGGUAGCAGUGUGGGUAGAUAGACACAGACAGACAGACAGACCCUCUGCAUAGCACAUAUCUGUAAACACUGUAAGGUCAAGUCUGUAAUGCCUGUGUAAUUAUAUCAAAUGUUUAACAUCUAGAGGGUUUAAAGCAAGUACAAGUUGCACAGGACCACUGGUCAGCUGAUGAAAAGAAUAUAUUGUAAAAUCACACAACAAUAUGGGUUCCAUAAAGAGAGAGAGUGUGACAGUUCAGUGUCACUUAUUCAGAUUAUUGUAAAUAUAUUUGACGUUAACAUUUAUUUUCUCACCUCUGCCCUUGAUAUGACGUGUGAAGAGUAUUUAUGACAAAGAUGAUGGUCAAGAAAAGAAAAACAGCCAUAUACGGUUAGAGAUCUGCAUGUACUUAUGAUGGUCAGUCUCCUAUAAUAUAUAAAAUAUAUAUACUUUAACUCCAAACUGAGUUUAACAGAAAAAGCUAACUUUUGAUCCAAAAUACUAAUUCUUAUAUUUUUUGAAAGUCCUUAUGCAGUGGAUUGAUUGACAGUGCCACCUAGUGUUGACAACAUGCCCUCCGUUCAUAGCAUGCUAAAAGGCCUCGAUCUGAUCCUCAAUUCUCUCAAUAGAUUAAAUCGGUACUGCUCAAUAUGAUUACAUAGUAAGAUAUUGUGUAAAUCCUGAAAUUCCAGCUAGAGCCAGAGUUCUCUGUAGUGUGUAAAUCUGCUUGUAAGCCCGACCUCAAUUUGGUCUGUAGUAGACCAAACAAAGACCUUAUUUAAGCCUUAUAAAUGUUUCCUUUUGUAUUCAGAUACUGUGCAACUGUAUAUAAGGAGAAUUUGAUAUGCAUCAGAAUUUGCACCUUCAUUUUUUUUUUUGUAUUGAUUCUUUUUUAUGUAUUUCUGCUUUACUGGCUAGGAUAUAGUGGAGAGUGAAAGGAACAAUAUGGAAGAUAAACAGGGGAGGCAUAAGACAGGGCAAAGGCCAUGAGCCGGACUCAGAUGAAUGAGUCCCAGGCCCCUAGCACAGCAGAUCACCCCUGCACCUUCAUUCUUAACAUGUGUGACAGCAUGUGAUUCUGUUUCCAUUGAGCUGUGAUGUGUAAAAAUGUUUAUAUCUAUUAAAAAUAUUUUGUUGAAUUACA